CAUUCCAUUUGAAUUGGUAUUUUCUCCAUCAUUAUUAUUGUGAAAAAACGUUUACAAUAAUUAGUCUUGGACAAUUUAUUUGUGAAAAUAUAUGUAUAGCUAAAAUGAAAAAUGGACCACAUCUAAAACUAAAAUCGGGUCAAGUUAUAACUGUUCGGAUUCUGUAAUAAAUAAGAUCAACUAACCCAUCUUUGGCGACUCCACGAGCAACCAUUCAUGACCAUUAUGGAGAAAUCCUUUAUCAAGGAGAUAUUUUAGUUACAUUCAUAUAUGAAAAAUCGAGAUCCGGUGAUAUAACACAAGGUCUUCCAAAAGUGGAACAAAUAUUAGAAAUACGUUCGAUUGAUUCAAUAUCGAUGAAUCUCGAAAAAGGAAUCGAUGCUUGGAAUGAGUGUAUAACAAGAAUUCUCGGCAUUCCUUGGGGAUUCUUGAUUGGUGCUGAGCUAACUAUCGCGCAAAGUCGUAUUUCUUUGGUUAAUAAAAUCCAAAAGGUUUAUCGAUCCCAGGGAGUACACAUCCAUAAUAGACAUAUCGAAAUUAUUGUGCGUCAAAUGACAUCCAAAGUCUUGGUCUCAGAAGAUGGAAUGUUUAAUGUAUUUUUACCUGGUGAAUUAAUUGGAUUAUUGCGAGCAGAACGAACUGGGCGUGCCUUGGAAGAAGCAAUUUGUUACCGAGCUUUAUUAUUGGGAAUAACAAAAACAUCUCUGAAUACUCAAAGUUUCAUAUCCGAAGCGAGUUUUCAAGAAACUGCUAGAGUUUUAGCAAAAGCCGCUCUUCGGGGUCGUAUUGAUUGGUUGAAAGUUCUUAAAGAGAAUGCUAUUUUAGGGGGAAUGAUACCCGUUGGUACCGGAUUCAAAAGAAUAAUGCACCGUUCACGGUCAAGGCAAUAUAACAAAAUUACCUUGAAAAUAAAAAUUAUUCGAAGUAGAAAUUCGAAAUCUUUUGUUCCAUCACAGAAAAUUAUUUGAUUCUUUUCAUUUCAAAUAAUUUUCUGUGAUACAUUAGAACUAUAGGAUUGAAUGCGCUUUUAGGAAUCAUUCAAUUCAUCCCUUUAAAUGCAGUCAUUUGAU